AGAAGGCUGGCGACGACCAGAGAGCCAAGAUGGCGGCGCUGAGUUCGCCGCUGCGUGUGUGCCGUGGAAUACUGAGGGAAAUUCGGGCAAUGAAAGGGCCCGAUUACAAACAGACUUUGGCAUAUAAUUAUGUUUUGGACCAAUUUCGUAAAAAUCAGGUCAGCAGUGAGAGAUACUGCCGUGCCCAGGUAGAGGCCCUCCACGCCUCCCACACCUACCUGUGUCUCCUUGCCUCCACCCGGCACCACCUGACCCUCCACAACCUCUACCACGGGAAGGGAGAGCGUGGGCCCGAGGAGGUGGCCGGGAUAGUGGGGCUCAGACUGCCCACCCAGCCUGGAGGGAAAGGAUGGGAGAAGUGAGGGAGGGAGGGAGGACCGAGGUCGGCGGAGACACGGCGCACUGACAGGGACAGAGAACCACAGCACACUUUUUCACUGAACCGAGUAAGGAAGCUGCGGCGCUGACUGACACAUGAUGUGACGUGAUCAGACACAGGGAGGUUGGAGAAGGCCAGCAGGAUGAAGACUGAAGUUGCAAACAUGCCCCUCAAGAAAAAAAAAAAAAAAAGGAGAGAUGGGAUGAAGAGAUCAACGGAGGACGAGAACAGAAUAGUUGGGGGGGAAAAAAGAAAGACUGACGGAAUGAAGCAACUUCUAGUGAAGAAAAAAUGGCAUAAACCAUGCCAGCCAGUUUCUCUCUUAAUACUAAUCUUUCUUUGUAUGUAUCUAAAUAUGUAGCUGAAAUGACUGUACAAAUAAAGAGAUGGGUUUGUAAAUA